CCCUGCAUCAUGAGUGGAAGAGGCAAGGGAGGAAAAGGACUGGGGAAAGGAGGCGCUAAGCGUCACCGCAAAGUGCUCCGUGAUAACAUCCAGGGCAUCACCAAACCCGCCAUCCGUCGUCUGGCCCGCCGCGGUGGAGUCAAGCGGAUCUCCGGUCUGAUCUACGAGGAGACCCGCGGGGUGCUCAAGGUCUUCCUGGAGAACGUGAUCCGCGAUGCCGUCACCUACACCGAGCACGCCAAGAGGAAGACCGUCACCGCCAUGGACGUGGUGUACGCUCUGAAG